UUGUACCGUGAUGGCUUUUUACCGUUAAAAUUACAAUAAUUUCACUAUUUUCCAAUUACACGUGACGCAAAUGAUUUACUAUUCAAUGGAUUGUUUUAUUUUUUCUAUUUACGCAAUAAUAUUGCUGUACACUGUUAAUUAGAAAGGAAUAAACGUUUUAUAAUUUUAUCAAAAUAUUGACGUUAACAUUUAUUUUUACACAAGAGUUACCUCUCUUCUCAUGAAACAACAGUAAAUUCAAUCUGCAGCACAACCACAAAGGAAAGAGAAGGGGUGACAAAAACUGUUAACAACGGUCCAUUUCUAAUGCCAUGGAUCCAGAAAGUGAUAAUGUCUUGCUGAACCAACAUUUAAACCUCGAAAAAAUUGAAAAGUAUCUUUAUAGAAGUACAUAUCAGCAAGUUAACCCAGGAGGAAGGAACAUCUUUGGGGGUCAGGUGAUCGGACUGGGGUUAAUUGCUGCCUGUGAUACAGUUGAACCUGGAUACAAUCUUCAUAGUUUACAUUGUUACUUUCUUAAAGGAGGAUUAGAUCAGCCGAUAUUAUAUCAAGUUGAAGCAACUCGAGAAGGUUCAACAUAUUGUAGUCGGAGUGUAAAAGCUAUUCAAAAUGGUCUAACUUUAUUCACCAUGCAAUGCUCAUUCAAAAAACCAGAAUCUGAUUCAUUUGAGCAUCAGUUUAAAAUGCCAGACGUACCAAAACCAGAAGAAUUAAAAGACACAUCUCAGUUAUUACAAAAUUGGAUUGAUGAUACAGAUCCAUCUGAUGAAAAUUUCCGUGGUAUAUUAAGAAGUUAUAGGAUGAUGGUAGACAGAGAUACGUAUGAAGUAAGACCUUGUUAUCCCCAGAGAUACCGACACGAGACAGGUUUAGAACCCUGGGAUUGUGUAUGGAUUCGAUCAAAACAACCUUUAGGUGACGACGCCCAUUUAAAUAAAUGUGUAGCUGCAUAUUACUCAGACAUGCAUAUAUCGAUUGUUUCUUCAUAUCCCAAACCACAUAUUCCUGGGACUUUUCAGUUCCUCACGUCGUCAUUAGAUCACUCAAUGUGGUUCCAUCAUCCCUUCAGAAUAGACGAUUGGUUGUUAUAUAAAAUGGAAAGCCCACAUACAGCUAAUGGUCGCGGAUUUAGUGUGGGGAGAUUCUGGUCUCAAGAUGGUAAAUUAGUUAUAUCAGUGGCUCAAGAAGGAAUGAUCAGAACUCUAAAAGCCAAAUUAUGAUCAAAUUAUUUUUAUAUUUCUAGGGAAUUUAUUCUUUGACAAAUCAA